UCAUGUUCAACAGUAGAGCAAGAAGCACCUGCAAGAAGGUAAUGUGGUAAUUAUUUUUUACCACAAGGGGAAGCCAAUGCUGAGUGGUAAAUAGAAAACACAAAUAUGUAUAAAUGCACACACAACCAUCACACAUACUUAUGAUAUGUAAGUUCUACCACUACUAGAGCAAACAUUACUAUUAUAGCUGCUACUGAUGCAUACAUAACAGCCAUUAUCACAAUUAAUAAUGUAAUCACAAUGCAAAUACCCAUAAUUACUGCCCUGAAGGAUCUGAACAUUGACAUACUAAGCUCUGCCUUCCAAAACAGAUGGAGAUUGGCACCUCCUUCAUCAUUACUAUAAUCAGUCAUUAUCAUUAUGAUGUACAGUCCAAGUCAAAGGUUUGAACACACUUUCCCAUUCAUUUGAAUGAGAAAGUGAGAGAAACUUUUCACUGGUACUGUAGGCAGGACAGGUAUGUAUCUCCUGAUCAACUAACUGAAUUAAAUAUACAGUAUACACAUUUGUAAUUGUGUCUUUGUAUACAGUGCUGGAUGUUAGUUCAUCCUAUCACCAUAUGUUCCAGCACUGAAGCAUCAGUCACCACUUGAUGAGAAAAUGAAAUAAAUCAAUGUUGAAUAAAGUAUGCUAAAAGAUUUCCUCAUUAUUCUUGCUGUUGAUCAAUACUUGAUACCUUGUUAUUGCUGCCUCUGGUUAGCUAAUCAAAACUGAAACCUCAUCUGCAAAUGUCAUAACUGCCCAAAAUAUGCACUGUUGGGUGCAGUGUAGAAUGUGGAGCAAUGUCUGGUGCUUUAUUUAUUUAUUUAUCUUAACUUAUUUAGAUGAGUCAAUAAAACUCUAAACUUGACAAUCAGCGAGUCUGCUUUAUUGUAAGUUCAGUAGACCCAAAAACAUUCUAUCACAAAUUCUUAGAAAGAUUGAAUGCAAACUAUUUGAAACCAAUAUUUACAGCAAACAGGAAGUGAGUUUCUCCUCUGGCUGUGAGCGUUUCACAUAACGCACCAUGGCUGAAAUAGUGACAAGGAAAUAAAAAACCCUGUGGUUUUCUAACUGUCAGUCUCACACAUUGUUUAAUUAUGCAUUACAUGUGCUGCAUGUGAGAGAGUUUAGUGAUGCAGAUGUUUGUUAGUAAUGUGUAGUGUAUGGUGUUUUUAAGUUUAGCUACAGUACAUUGAGAGGCAGGAAGUGUUCCUUUCCUCAUGUUGUUGAUGUGUAAACACCUCUCAUCUUCAGGCAGCUCCUGUGUCCAUGCCUUUAUGAAUAAAUAUUCUGCUUUUAAAAACUUGUAAAGACAUUAGAAAUAUGAUGAUAAGAUGUGUCCUUUAAUGUUGUUUUUUUCAAAGAAACUGGUAAUAUGUCCUCAAGAAUAACUAAAGGUGAGCAAAAGUAAUUUAUUUAGUAUAUUGUGGGAAAUAAGUUUUACAGUUCCUGUUUGACAAAGGUAAAGGAUGUCACACCUGGAGGCUUUUUGUGCAGCUGUGUCUGCAGCUGAAAUGGAAACUCACACCUCAGAGUAAACACCUCUGUGAUCUGUGUAUUUUGUUUUUCAUUUGGUUUUCAGAGCUCUGCAGUUUUCUAAGCAGAAGCACUGGUGUCAAUAGUGUUACUUCUAGAUGGCUUUUGAAAACUAGCUUGUGACUUGAAACUCUGUUUUACUGAAUAUAUUUUAAAGUCUCAUUUGGCUUUCUGUUUAUUUCAGAACAAAGCACAAUUAUUUUAAAUAAUACAAGUCAGAAGACAGUGUGUGAAAGGCAACAACUGGGAUUAAAAUAAUACAUUUGCAUGAUUCUAUGACGUUUACUUUUUACAUACAUUUUAACACUUGGUUUUUGCUAGGCAUCUCAGUAAAAAAGAAUGUCACCAACUGUACAUGCUUAAACCUUAAGGAAUUGUGCAAAGCCAAAGUACAUGUUGUAAUUAUCUAGCUAUUGCUGAAGUAUGCGACUUAAUAGUGUAUAACAGUGUAUAACUGUAUGCACAAAUAUAAUCACAGCACAGUGUUUGUAUGAGUACUACUUGAAGUAAUGUGUGUGUUAUUUUAAAAGGGUUAAAGAUUUUUAGGUUUGUUAGUGAGUCCUUUAUUAUGCCCCUCUGUAGACACAUGUAUACUAGAUGUGCAGGUUAUGGCUCAUAAUUACCUAGACUGCAUUUGUUUUAUUGCAUAAAACAUACUCACAUUUUUGGACAUUAUAUUUCUUCAAAAUAUUAACAUGUUGUCACAAUAUUAAGAAAAUGUCUCAGGUGAAUGGAGCCAUCCACAUAAUGACUGGAACAUAUCAUGCAGGACAAGGUAAUGUUAAAAUAAAUAUACUUAAAUAAAUAUUUUAAAAAAACCCAAAAAACUUGCAUUGGGCAUUGUCUUAUGUUUGAGAAACCAUAUUUGUGUAAGAUGUUCAGUAAGUUUGUAACUACAAAAGCGACCAAGUGAUUCUUGGUAUUUUGUUCACUGGCAAUGUGGGUGACAACUCAAUAACCGCUUCCUUGAAUCUUAUCAGACAACAAGACUGAAAAAAGACAAGAAGAGCAUAAACCAGCCCACUGUCAGUGGAAAAUUCACAGAUCAGUCUGUAACAGUCAUGAAGAAGACAUUGCACCAUUGUGAAUGCCCAUUAACAACAAUGAUUUCUGUCUACAUGAUCAUCACAUCUGCGGCAACAACAGCUCUGGCAAAAGGGUUUAUGGAAUGCAAUUUGUCUGAAGCUACUGGAGCUCGCCAGUGUUUUGGAGCAGUGGGGCAGCCGUUGAUUUUUAACCUUCCAAAUGCAGCAAGUACAGACAUUAGGUUGACAAAGGAUGGCAAAUACAUGAUGUUCAAAAUUAAAAAAAAUCAGAUACUGACUAAUAACGAAUCUGGAAUCUUCACCAAUCAAACAUACAAACUGAAUAAUGCAACAAAAAAUUACACUGGGGAUUACCAGAUGGAAGAAUGGUAUUUCAAUGGUACUUCACUGAAAAACGUCACGGUGCAUCUAGAAAUACAAGCUCCUGUGUCAGAGCCAGCUGUGUCUCAGAUGUGUUUGUCACCAGAAGAAAUGAAGGUCAGCUGCUCCUCUGAGGGAGAUGUCAAAGAGUUCAGUUUGAGUUUGGACGGUUACGUACUGAUGAGGACCAGAACCUACAGCCAGUCCCAGAGAAACUGGACAGUGGCCACACAAUCCUUGACUGGGAUUACAGACAAACAAGACAAAGCCAACGUUUCCAGUGUGAGCAUCAGAUUACAUGGUCAGCUGACAGGAAACUUGACGUGUCAUGUUCAGAACAAUGUUAGCAGAGAUGAAAAGGUUAUUCACCUGAAAAGCUGCAAAGGUACAGCGUUUGAAGGUUGUGUUUCUGGAUUCCCUGUUGUGACUGUGGCUGUGAUAGCUGGUGUUGCCGCUCUGCUUCUCCUUGUGACUCUGUGUGUUGGUCUAAAACAUCUACAUAAGAAACCAAGACCCAUGACUGUUAAUGAGGGUAAGUGAAAGACAUGCCAUAAUCUUUAUUAAUGAAUAUUUUACAAACCAUACUUGACAUUCCUGACCAUCAUUUUGCUACUGGACUAUUUUACAGGUAGGUUACCAUAGUUGUAUAGAUUUUUGAAAGUUUUUUUUUUACUUUUAAGGUAUCUGUUGGUAUGUUCAUUUAAAUGCACCAUGAAAGUUGACUUGCAAAUACUUAAGCAUUGCUUGCAGAAAGAAUCCAUCACAAUGAUCUCUAAUUAAAUCUCCUUUGUUUAAUGUUACAGACUAACACUAGCAUUGUGAUUGAGAGUAUGGACUGAUUUGAAAAGAAUGUAAUAUAUUUCCAAACAGCAAUAAUGUUAUAAUGUUACAAAAACAAAAGAAGACAUUUCACAUCUGUUUUCACUUUUUCCAGGUAAUUCUGACAAUGAAAUCAUCUACUCAGAUGUUAUUGUGAUGAAGAACACAAGGAAAGGUCGACCCAUCUUUCAUCAAAAUACAAAAUAAUUUUCUCCUAAAACAAUAAUUCAAUCACCAGCCCAAGUCUAAACCCUAACCAUAACCUUGUUGGAAACCUCAUGUCUAAUCUUUAACAUGAUAUAAUGAUCAGGGAUCAUUGACUAUGUGACUUGGAAAAAAAAGUUCAACAAGUCCAACUAUGGACUAUUCCUAAAGUAAACAAGAAUAGUUUUAAUUUUGAUUUUUGAGUUAAAAUUGUGGAGGUUUUUUGCAUUUGUUUCUCAAACAUAACAUAUACUUUUAUAUGAUUUUAUUAACUAUUUUUGCUUUGUAAUUGUGUGGCAUUGUGUUUUGUCCUGUGUAUUUUACAUGUAUUUUUCAAAUAAACAUAUUGGCAACAUUUGUAUAUUUUUAACGUAAUGUUUCAUUCACCAAGGUCAAAAUGAAAAGGAGAUAACUUCAGUUAUUAAUAAAAGCAAGUGGAGUUGUGCUUAUAAUUAGUAUAUGGUCAGUCAUUUAGUUAUAAAACAUGUUGCUAAUGGGUGACAUACUCUAGUAGUUACUAAACACAGAUUAGAGUAGAGUGGAGUACUGUAUAAUGUCCCAGUGUGGCAGUCAGUAAUAAUAUAUAAAAGAGGAAUACAACAAUCAGUUGAAACAACAAUCAAUACAAAAAAUGUAUAUCAGUAUAAAGAGACAGAAGUACAGGCUCCAAGCAACAGAUCAUUUUUAACCACAAGAUGAAGACAAAAGUCAUCCCAUGUAACUAGAUGAUGGAAAUGGAACAAAAUCAUUACAAUACAUUGAAUUUGUUUUAACUUUAUGUCAAUUUUAGUGUGGCUAUUCAGAUACUGGAUUCAUGCAUACAUUGAUGCUAGACUGAUGCACUACACUGUCUCCACUCCAAGUGUUACAUCAUGUUGGAGUCUCAUCCUACUGUUACAGUCCACAUGGGCUACAUACAGUAUGAGAAGGCCACUGUGUAGUUUAAAUGAUCAAAAGUACACUUUUUCCAGUCUUUGUUGUGAUUAAUUUCCACAUUCAGAUAUUCUUAUCAUGUUAUUUGGGUCCACAGGGUGGGAGCAAAGUUGAUGCUGUAACUUUACUCUAAUUUUGAUUAUUUAUAUGUACUCUUAGCAAGAUUGUGUAUCUGUGCUCACAGCAGAGGUGAAGUGAGUCUCUCCUGUGACAAUUUUAAGCCUGUCCAGUUUUAUAUUACAUAUUGUUAUUGCUGAAUAGAUCACAUGGCAUACUUUGAUAAUUUGAGAAAAGCAUUCAGCAUCAAGUUAUAAUUAGCUUGUUUACUCUUCAUUGUGUCGAUUCUCCUACACAGAUACUCAACCACAACAUGAUCACAUGUCUGAUGCUGUGGCUGAAGCUGAGAUGGGAAAAAAGCUGUGGUUUCUAACGUUGCCCCUCACAUAAUAGAUUAUCACGCCUAAGAUGUUAUUUCCGUUUACAUUCCCCUGAAUGUAGAACAUGGUAAAUAGCAUACAGCACAUGAUUUAAAAAUAAACACCAUGUCGGUAUGUUGAGAGACAGUAAGUGUUCAUCUCUUUGUAGUGUCCUUUACGGAAAUACAAAAUCUCUCAUCCUCACACAGCUUUAAGAUAUGCUUGCAGAUGAGUUGAGAGAUAAAAACAUAAUAUUUCUUUAUACAGCACAUGGGUGUAAGAACCAUUCAGUUUCAUGACUUUGUGAGCAAAUAUUUUACAUUUAAAUGCUGUCUUGACAUUAGAAAUACCAUGAUGUGUCCUUCAUUACACUGCAUUUUGUAGUGUUUGGUAAAGAAAAAAUCAUUAAUUCAUUCAUUAAUUCAUUGAUUGUUUUGCCUACAUGAGAAAUUCACCAUGAUUUAAAGAUGUUUUGAUGUGUGUCUGAACAGAAAAAUGAUUUUCAUCUACAUGAUCCUCACAGCUCUGGUGCCAACAGCAAAAGGUACAAUUUAGAGUAAUUGUGCAGUUAAUAACUGAACAAAGUCAUUAAAUAAUUGAAAAUAGCUAUUAUAUCAUGUUGCCAGUUUUAGUCACUCCUUUCCUGACAGUUCAUAAAUGACUGAAACCCUUAUCAAG